CGCAGUUGGAUUUGAUUUAUUGAUUGAUCUAUAUAUAAAUGCAUGAGAAUGUUGUAAAAACUAAACUCAGGUUAGAAAGACAGGUGUUGCAGAGGAGGAAGCUCACAGUGGAAGUAAAGGAAAUGGUCGAAAAACACUUAGAUACAGUGUGGUGAACUUGAAAAAUAAAAAUCCAUACUAUGAAAUGGCUGUAAGAAAGACACACUCGCUUUUUGUGACUAUCCCAAUGACCUUCGCAAGAUGGACUGGCAUUAUUAACAUGAAGAAAAUAACAUUGAUUAAUGGAGAAGGGAAGAAGUGGAAAGUGAAUAUAGAGCAUAUCGGCCCAAGGGUUCUCAUAAAAGGAGGAUGGGCUGCCUUCCGAACACAAAACAAGAUAGCCGCCAAUGGUGAAACUUGUCGCUUCAAGUUGAUUCAAGGCUAUGGACGUGGACGUGGACGUCCUUGUUAUGUUUUACAGGUUGAAAAGAUCCCCAAACCUUGAACUUGCUAUAACAUGUCUGUAGUUGGUUUCUUUUGGUUACAUUUUGGCCUUCUCUUUGUAGUGAAGAUGGAGUACUAGUAAUUAAUGGGCAUCUUUUUUCCUUA